AUGCGGCCCCUGCCCAGGAAUGAAGAUCCUCCUCUUCCAUUGUUUUUCAACGACGACAUCUUCCCUUUACAUCCGCAAACCAUGGAUCUUCUAGCACGCGACUACCACGCCGCCCUUUCCGCCCAAAACGGGCACCUCCUCGCCGCUACCAUCUCCCCUAUAGCACCCGCCCGCUACCUCAACCGCCUCGAAUCCAUCUACCAUUCCACAAACCACGCGUCCGUCUCCCAAGACGUCAGCUACGCCCUUACCAAGAACUUUUCGCGCUCCAUAUCUCAAGAAGACCGCCAGACCAUCGAGGCUUGGAGCGACAUCUACGUCGCCUACUGGCACGCCGUUGGCGCCCUGCUCGCCGCCGAAGAAGAUGCCGAUGACGGAAGAGUGUGGAGCAAAGUGUACGAUACGUGGAAAGAUGUGGUAAAUGCCGUCAUACGAGGCUAUAGCUCGGGCUUGUUCGAGAAUUGGACGCUGCCGGUGCUGUAUCUGGUUGGCAAACACCUGAGGGUCUUUGGCAUAAAGGCCGAUGCGACGAAGAGCAGCGCGGAUGGGCAGACGGCUGUGGAUAUGGGUGGGAUACAAGACGAUAUAGCGGGCGAUUUUGGGAAGAACGAGAAAUUGGAGGAUGCGGCGAGGGUGCUGAAUCGGAUGUUCACGCUGUGUAUUAGUGAUAGAGCGCCCCUUCCCGAAUCUCGCAAAUGGGGACUCUACCACGCCGCCAACCUUCUCUUCAAAACCUACUUCCGACUCAACUCAAUCUCUCUCUGCAAGAACAUCUUACGCGCCAUCUCUGCCUCCUCCACCGACAUGCCUCCAGACUCCCAGUUCCCAAAAUCGCACAUCUGCACCUUCAAGUACUACGUCGGCGUCAUCCAAUUCCUAUCCGAGGACUACACCGCCGCAGAAGAGAACUUAUUAGCCGCCCUAGCUCUAUGCCAUCACUCUGCCAGAAGGAACAAGGCAUUGAUACUGACGUAUCUGAUCCCAACGAGACUGCUAACAAACCGGUCUCUGCCGACCGCGAGACUUCUGAGGACAUAUCCAGAGCUCGAAGGUUUAUUCGUGCCGCUCAUCGGUGCUAUCAAGCUUGGCUCGCUAGCAGACUUCGACAGAGCAUUGAGCGCAGGCGAACGGGCAUUUGUGAAGCGCAGAGUCUAUCUCACUCUAGAGCGGGGGCGGGACUUGUGUUUGAGAAAUCUACUCAGGCAGGUUUAUCUGCAGGCUGGGGAGGACGCAGAAGGGAAGAAGAGGACGAGGAUUCGGGUUGAUGAAUUUGGUGCUGCGGUGAAGUUUUCUGAGGGAUUCGGUGGUGCCGGGGCUGAUGUGCAGAUGAGGGAUGCGCUGGGCUUGGGGGAGAUGGGGAAUGAUGAGGUGGAGUGCUUGUUGGCUAAUAUGAUCUACAAGGUAAGUCAGUCACCUUGGUCAAGUCGUCUUUGUCUCUUCUUCACACUGCUAUUAUCGAGACGGAUUGGAAAAGGUGUUGAUGAGAAGCAGAAUCUAAUGAAAGGCUACAUCUCGCGCGCCCACGGGAUGGUCGUCCUCUCAAAAGCAGGCGCGUUUCCUGGGACAGGUGUAUGA